AAGACGGAGGAGGAGAAGAAGGAGACGGAGAAGAAGAAGGAGACGGAGACUGUGGUAUCGCGAUACUUCAGCACACCACGGCUCGGUCCUUUGUGUGAGCGGUGAUCAGCUAACACGCAGCAGCUAAUCUGCCGUUUCUUGAGCCUGUUUGUUCUUUUGUCAUCAGCACAACGUCCGUGAGCGAGAACCCCACGCUGCCCGUCUCCACCUGUCCGCUAAAGCUACAGUUCAUCUCCUCUUCCUCACCUGCUGAUAGCCGGUUUCUCUCAGACACAGUGAACCACCUGAGUCGUUUCCAUGGCAUUAAGACGAGGACACAUCAGGUACCUGAAGGUGUGUGAGGUUCAGACGUCUCAGAGUGAUGUCAGAGACGGUCAGCAUGCCUCUAAAGGAGCCUCUGGAAAGGAGCUGUAUGAUAACGGUUACUGCGAACAGAUGAUGGAGGACGACGACUCCAGAACCAACCUGAUCGUUAACUACCUGCCGCAGAGCAUGAGUCAGGACGAGCUGCGCAGUCUGUUCAGCAGUGUGGGCGACGUCGAGUCCGCCAAGCUCAUCAGGGACAAAGUGGCAGGCCACAGUUUAGGUUACGGCUUUGUUAACUUUGUUAACCCUAAUGAUGCAGAGAGGGCUAUCAGUACCCUCAAUGGCCUGAGGCUACAGUCUAAAACUAUCAAGGUUUCGUUCGCGCGGCCGAGUUCGGACAUGAUCAAAGAUGCAAACUUGUACAUUAGUGGGCUGCCGAGGACGCUGAGUCAGCAGGACUUGGAGGACAUGUUCACUCGCUUUGGACACAUCAUCAACUCCAGAGUGCUGGUGGACCAGGCCUCCGGUACGCACGAGCUCAGUCUGUCACGGGGCGUCGCCUUCAUCCGCUUUGAUAAGAGGUCCGAGGCUGAAGACGCCGUCAAACACCUGAAUGGGCACACACCCCCUGGAAGCUCUGAGCCAAUCACAGUCAAGUUUGCUGCUAACCCUAACCAAGCCAGGAACUCUCAGAUGAUGUCCCAGAUGUACCACGGCCAAUCACGGCGCUUCGGGGGUCCCGUGCAUCACCAGGCCCAGAGGUUCAGGUUUUCUCCAAUGAGCGUUGAUCACAUGAGUGGAGGGGGCGGAGUCACGGGGAGCUCUUCCGGCGGUUGGUGUAUCUUCAUCUAUAAUCUGGGUCAGGACGCAGACGAGGCCAUCCUGUGGCAGAUGUUCGGGCCGUUCGGCGCCGUUGUCAACGUGAAAGUGAUCAGAGAUUUCAACACCAACAAGUGCAAAGGCUUCGGCUUCGUCACCAUGACGAACUACGAGGAGGCCGCCAUGGCGAUCCACAGCCUGAACGGGUACCGACUGGGAGAUAAAGUCCUGCAGGUGUCCUUCAAGACCAGCAAGGGACACAAGUAGAAAGAUAUGGGGAUUGGGGGGGGGGGGGAGGCAGGGCAGUUGUCAGUUGAGCCGAACUAUUUUCAGCUUUUUUGUGUCGAUGUGAAUUAUUUCUUUUCCCAGCAUGCCCAGUUUCUUUCAGACUGUUUUACAUCUCUCGUUCCUGUCAAAAAUGUGAACGGUGUUUCACUGAAUAUUGUGAGUAUUGAUCCAAAUGGCGGACAGUGGUUACCAAUGUAACUCCUGUUCGUAAUGAUGUUUGAAUUUUCUGUUUUCAGUUGUUCUGCUUUGAAAACCAGACGUUAGUCUGUAACUGAAUGAAUCCAAACAGGAAACUGAAGAGUCUGAUUCAGAAAACAUUUGGAUGCAGACUGUGACAUAGUCAACAAGAGAAACUGUAAAUGCACAGCUUUUUUUAAUGUAUAGAAAUACAGUUAGUCCUCCGCCUGCAGAUAUCACAUGGAAACAAAAUCAUGAUUAUUAAGGUCAGAUUGAUGGUGUUCAUUGCCAACAUGUUUUUGUUUGAUUAUGUCAAAAUUAGUCUGUCAGGUGAUUGACAGCUGUCUUGGCCAAUAAGCACGCAGGAGAGGGGUCGUGGUCACAUAUAGUUUGUUGUGUUUGAACAAACAUAUUUUAUUUCAUAUUUUUACAAAUGGCUUCUGGGUAAAAACCACCUGAAAGUACUGAAACUUUUCAGAUGUGUAGUAAUCCAUUUCUCUCUUUGGUAUUUUCAUUUGUAUUCUGUUUAAGGAUUGCAGCUCCAUUGUGAUGUUGGACUGUUUAUUCACUAAUAAAUCUGCUCAUAUAA